ACCGGAAGUUCCACGUGCGUUGGGCACAGUGAGUGGAACGUUCAGCUUUAUAUCUGCGAAAGAAAACGGUGUCUUGUGCAUGUUUUAUAUUGGCAUUUGCACACGUUGUUGAGACUCAAGAGAUUCUGCUGUGGAAAUGCUUUCUAUCGAGGGUAAUGAAAAUGAAAGAAAGAAGACUUCCCAUAAGAAAAGGCGAAGAGACAAAUCUCCAGAGCAAGAGCAAAACAUGAAGGAGGAGGAGGAGCUGAGGACCAAACAUUUAAAGGCUUUGGCAGACAAACCAGAGACAGAUACGAUUUUAGAAGAAUUAGUUUUUGGGGGUGAAGAUGAAUUUGUGGAAAAGCUUAUUGGUCAUUCAAAGGCAAGGCAUACUGUAAGUGGAGAUCUUUUAGAAAGCGACUCAGAAGAAGAGACGAGUGAGAAUGCAGCACCUCUGGCAAGGAAACCAGCUUGGGUGGAUGAGGAAGAUGAGCAUGAAGAAAAUAUUGAGAUGACUCACCGAUAUCGUAAGGAUAUCAUGAAAAGUAAAACUGAGACGGCUCUUAGCAAGGAAAAGCUUCAAGCUAGGCUACAAGAACAGUUUCAGAAAGCAAUGGGGGGUGUACCUUCUUGGGCUUGCCAAGGCAGUAAGAAGAGGAUAUCAAAAGAAGAUGAAGAAAGUGAAGAAGAAAAUGACGAUAAUUUGCUGAGUAAGACUGGGAAUUUACUGAGCCAAUCAAGUUACCUUUCUAAAGGUGUUAUACAGAUAAGAAAAUGCAUUAAUGCAAACCAUGAGAGGUUGUCUCGGGUACCACUAACAACUGUCCAGUUUCACCCAUUGGCACAAGUUGUCAUGACAGCAGGAUUUGACCGUUCAGUAUCAUUAUUCCAGGUUGAUGGAAAACGCAAUCAGAAGAUCCAAAGCAUUCAUUUAGAAAAGUUCCCUAUUUACAAAGCACAGUUUAGUGCUGAUGGCGAACAAGUUAUAGCUACAGGACUUCGAAGUAAAAUGUUUUACAUAUACGACAUGAUGGGAGGAAAUAUUAUUACUGUGCCCAGAAUUAGAGGCCUGGAAGAGAGAGUCAUUCAGCAAUUUGAAGUAUCUCCUAAUGGCUCUUUUCUCCUGUUAAAUGGAUCAGCAGGAUACUUACAUUUGCUGUCUAUGAAGACAAAAGAGCUCAUAGGAAGUAUGAAAAUGAAUGGAAAGUCCAUGAAAGCUGUGUUUUCUCCAGAUAGUAGCAAAGUAUUCUCAAAUUCAGAUGAUGGAUUUGUGUAUGUUUGGGAUGUGAGAAGCAGGCAAUGUCUGAACAAGUUUACAGAUGAAGGCAGUAUAUGUGGUACAUCAAUUGCUUUAUCGCGAGAUGGGCGAUAUAUAUCAUGUGGGUCAAACUCUGGCGUGGUCAAUAUAUACAAUCAUGAAGACUGUCUGCAGCAAACAAAUCCCAGACCGCUGAAAGCUAUAAUGAACCUUGUGACAUCUGCUUCAUCCAUAAUUUUCAAUCCACAAACUGAAAUUAUGGCAGUGGCCUCCAAUAAGACUGAUGAUGCUGUGAAACUGGUGCAUAUUCCUUCUUUUAGUGUUUUCUCAAACUUCCCAGGACAAAAUAAGAAAUCAAUUCAUCUGCCCCGUGCAAUGGACUUCUCCCCACGGAGUGGCUACUUUUCUAUAGCCAAUAACAAAGGCGAAGCUUUAUUGUACAGGUUGAAACAUUAUUCUGAUUUCUAAAACAGAAUAUUUAAAGGUUCGGAAGCAAUGCAGUAUAAGUGAGUUAAUUGACAGAUCAGUGAAGAAGCAUAUCAGAUGUGGGAAAAAUUUACAUUUUCUUUUGUUAUUCAAAUAAACAUUUGUAUGAAGUUCCACAAAAAUAAAAUAAUUUUGUCAUCUAUAAUAAUAACAGCUAUAAUAGAAUCCACAGAACACAAACCAUCAUGUAUAUUUUAUCUUGCAGGUGUUAAUGUUUGUCGUAGAGAGCCUGUUAACCAGAUGAGCUUGCAGAGAAAUGACUAUAAAUACAGGUCAAUCGAACAGAAAAAUCCUAUUGGGGCCUUUAAAGCUCUUAAAGUCAGUGGUGCCUGACAGUGUAUCCAGGGGAUAUUGAAACAGAUAAGGGUGUGCUGCUACAUCAUUAGCAGAACAGUAUAACCAAUCAAUACUUGAGUGUAGUGCCAGAAAGAUCGGAAAAAUGCUAAAUUUGUUCCAAUGUACUAAUGCAGGAGCAGGGUUAAGCUGGAGCACUUGCAUGCAUGGUACAAAUGCAUUGUAAUAUAAAGCAGAAGAAUUUACAGAGUUCAGUGCCACUAUGAGAUUAUAAAUAAUUUUUGAUUUCAAAUUACUGAUAACUAAUGGGGCUAAUUAUUAAAGCUAUCUAAAAUAAAAGGUGUAUCAGAU